AUGUCUUCACCUAGUGCAAACACUGAGCAUAGUACUCUUAGAGCCACUAGUACCCAAUCUCAGCAACCUACUCCCACAACUAGUGUUAACCAAGCAGUUCCUGCAGACACCUCACCAGGUGGACAGAGCUCUAGGCAAAGCAAUGACAUCAAUGAGUCAGCUGAGCAAUUUGAUGCUGCUAAUUUAGAGGGUCAUACAUAUGAAGGAGAACCAAGAGAUGACUUAGUUCUAGGAAAGAAGCUGGCUAUCCAAGUGGCUGAAGGGAAGAAAAGACCUGAUGUCCCACUUCAGGCAGCGAAGCUGGCAUCAAAAACUGGUGUUGCCCUUAGAGACAACAUGCCCAUCUACACAUCAUGGAAGCUUUAUGACAAUGAUGCGGGAAAGGCAGAAGUAAAAAAAGUGCUUGACAAAGUGGCGUCAAGGUUGGAUGUGGAUGUUAAGAAUGAGGCACGAAGUAAAGUUGCAUGCACUGAUAUCAUUAAGAGGGGAGUAAGGCAGACGAGGUAUCACCUGAAAAAGAAGUACUUCAACGAGUCACUGACAGAAGAACAGUUGCUGGCCAAGCAACCUCCACCUAAAAUGAAGAAAGAGGAAUGGACCAAGCUGGUAGAGUACUGGUGUGACCCAAAGAAUCAGAGGACUAAGUACAGCAACAUGGAGCCAGAUGCUAUUGAUUUCUUUGGGGAAUGUAUGAGUAGUCCCCAAAAUGGUCGUACUCUUCUUGCAAAUGAAAUAUAUGAACAAAUGGUUGCAGAGAAGGAAAGAGAGCCAGAAGAAGGAGAAGAACAAAAGUCUCAAUCUAAGAUUGUUGCUGACUGUCUCAGCCAGAUCAGACGUUCAUCCACCUUCCUUCCUAACAUUGGUGUCCCUCGACCAUCGAAGACUGGUCGGUCCACAUCGAGAGCCGCACAAGCACGCCUGCAAGCUCAGUUUGAGGAAACACUCCAAGCACAAAGAGAGGAAGCUGCUAGGAAGUAG